AUGUACGAAAGAAGACCACCGCAAAUUGCAUAUCUAGAGGCGGCUCACAAGGGCAGCACCGAGGGCGGCACUCAAGAAGACGAGGACUUCUGCACCAUCAUGGACGUGGGCGAAAUAAAGUCGGUGGUGCUAAACAGACCACCCCAAAAGUUUACACCUUCCGAACUCACAAACAGGACCCGGACCUUCAGCACUGAUGAGGAAAGGAGCUACCAGCGAGUGCUGCGCAAGUGCGAAAUCACUCUUAUUGAUGAGUCCUGUGGACACUUCCCUAUGAUUUUAUGGAAUGAGGAUCUUAUAAUGUUUGCCUUAAAGUUCUGGAAGCCAAGAGUGACGGUACUCUCCAUAGUCGACUGUCCAGUACGCUACGACGCUUUUCGCCGUGGAGUGGUGGCAGUGCCCAACGACCGAACGGGCAUCAUCACGAUGCCCUCGUGCGAGGAAGCCACCCGGUUGGCGCAGUAUGCCAAGUACUCCGGCUGGUUCCCCGUUACUGGCGCUUCCUACACCGAUGCCCUCGGCCAGCACUUUGCCCAACCCCUGCCUCUCACUUUUGGUCGUGUUCCUCCUGAGGUGUCUUUUGGUGAAAUAAGCUCUGGAUUUGGCAUUGUUUUCGCCAUGCUUACGAAGCUUUCACUAGACAUCGAUGACGUCAUUCGCCUCGUUCGUCUCUCCUGUUCCAACUGUCAGCGUCGGAUGCAGGCCUGCGAGGGAAAGAACGAUGGUAGUGAGGGCGCACCUCGCGUCUCCCCACCGUCUUCUUUGUUCACCUGCCUCACACCUGACUGUCCUCUCUCAGGCCAGCGCUUCGAGCCUUCGGACUCCAAUCACGUUCUGUUGGAGUACAACGUUUUUUUAAAUCUCUCCGAUCACACUGGAACCUACACCAGAUGCAUGUUUACUAAUUCAGCUAUGGAAAAAAUUUUCGAAAUGCAAGCCAAAGAUUUUCUUCAACUCUCGCCAACUGAUCGGGGACGACUGAAGUGGAAAUUAUUGCUCAACAGAUACAAGGUAUACUUUUGGAUGCGGCAACCAGGCUAUGACCAGCCGACUCCCUACCUGAACGUGCUGGCAUGUGAACGACCGAACCCCUUUGAGGUGUAUUCCUCCCUACGCACAGCCAGUUGUUAA